GCUGGCCAGCCUUGGCGGGGAUGUGCGCGCCUCCUGGUCGCCGAAGCAACGGGCUGCUUUGGCGAGGCCAGCCCAGUCGAGCAGGAGGCGGGUCUGCUGCCCAAGCCCGGAAGCAGCGAGACGGAGAGGAAGGCGCUGCUGCGAUGCAGGCUGCAGGAGAGGCGGAAGUUUUGCUGCAAGCAGCCACUCGGGAGAGGCUGGAGAAGUUCGCGCAGCUGAGAGGUAAAACAGUGGAGACUGGAACAUUUUGGGAUAUUGUUGUAAUAACAGCAGUUGACAAGAAACAAGAAAUAGCUUACCAGCAACAAUUAUCCCAAAAGCUGAAAAGAAAGGAACUCCCUCUUGGUGUUCAAUACCAUGUUUUUGUGGAUCCUCCUGGACCAAAAAUUGGAAACGGUGGAUCAACGCUUCAUGUCCUUCAGUGCUUAGAAGAACGUUAUGGUGAUAAAUGGGAUUCUUUUACCGUCAUAUUAAUUCAUUCUGGUGGCUACAGUCAACGUUUACCAAAUGCGAGCGCUCUGGGGAAAAUCUUCACAGCUUUGCCUUUUGGGGACCCGGUUUAUCAAAUGCUGGAUUUAAAAUUGGCUAUGUACAUUGAUUUCCCCCUCCACAUGAAUCCAGGCAUCCUGAUUACUUGUGCCGAUGAUAUUGAACUUUAUAGUACUGGAGCAACAGAAUUCAUAAGGUUUGAUCAGCCCGGGUUUACUGCAUUAGCCCAUCCUUCCAGUUUGACCAUUGGUACGACUCAUGGUGUGUUUGUGUUGGAGCCAGCAUCACUUUUGACAGAAAAGGGACAGCUCGAAUACAGAUCUUGCCACCGUUUCCUGCAUAAGCCUAGCAUUGCAAGGAUGCGUCAGUCUGGAGCAGUGUGUGAAAGAGGUCAUUGUCCGGCAUCAUCUCCUGGAGGACAGGGAAACUCCAAUGUCAUUUCUGAGUGCGUGUACACAGAUAGUUUAUUUUACAUUGAUCACACCACUGCAAAACUACUUCUGGCCUUUUAUAAACAGGUGGGCGUGUUGUGCUGUGAAAUAGAUGCCUAUGGUGACUUUCUCCAGGCAUUAGGGCCCGGAGCAACACCAAAUUAUGCAAAAAACAUAGAAAACGUGACAAAAGAAGAGUCGGGCCUAGUGGAAAUAAGGGAGAAAAUAUUUGGGCUUCUAAAAGGAUUGCCACUCAAUGUUGUACUCUUAAAUAACUCCAAAUUCUAUCACAUUGGGACAACUUGCGAAUAUUUGUUUCAUUUCACGUCUGAUAGGAAGUUGAAAUCAGAAAUGGGGUUGAUGCCAAAUGUUUUCAGCAUCUGUCCAAACAGCGUGGAGGACACUGGGAAAUCGGCAUGUAUCAUUCACAGUAUACUCGGUCCAAGGUGUUCUGUUGCACCUGGCUCAGUAGUUGAAUAUUCUUGGCUGGGACCAGAGGUUUCAGUGGGAGCAAACAGCAUCAUCAGCGGCUGUUAUAUUGACACAAAAGCAGACAUACCUCCAAACACUUUCAUAGCUACACUAAGCGUGAGGAUUGAUGGAGAAGUAAUGUAUGUGAGCAUGGCAUUUGGUAUAGAAGACAACUUGAAAAAGAAAGUGACAGAUUUGGCAGAUACUCACUUAAUCAAUUUUUUGGGAAUCAGUCUUGGACAGUGCUUGGAGCUCUGGGGCCUGAGAAUUUCGGACGAGCUCUUUUCUGGUGAUGAGACCUGUCGAGGUUUAUGGACAGCUCGGCUUUUCCCUAUUUGCUCCACUUUAAGCGAUUCACUGAAAGUGUCUUUAGGGAUUCUAAACUCUGCGCAGAACAUGUUGCCUUUUAAAUUGAAUGGUUUUAAGCUCUUGUCUAUUGAGGAAAUGCUUCGCCAUAAAGAUGUAGAAGACAUGUUGAGGUUCAGGCAUCAGCUCUAUGAAGAAAUCAGUCUGCAGAAACUGAAAAGGGAAUCUGAUUUGUAUGAAUGGAAGAAAAAAGUGAGUGAAUCAUAUGCUAUAAUCAUUGAAAGAUUAGAAGAUGACCUCUUAAUCAAAGAAAAGGAGUUUGCAGAACUAAAGCAUGUCUUCAGUGCAGCUUUUCAGAUUACACUGCAGAAUACUCAGAGGAAUAGUAAGAGGCUCAUUGAAGACAAAAGGAGGCAGGUUUUUAGAAACAUACCUGACCUAUUGCCAAAGAGAUUGGAAGAGCAGUCUAAGGCUGUUGAUAUUCUUCUGCAACAUGGGGCAUACGUCAACGUGCAAGAUGCAGUUUUUUUCUCCCCUUUACAUAUUGCAGCACACUAUGGUCAUGAACAGGUAACCCGACUCCUGCUGAAAUUUGGUGCUGAUGUGAACGUCAGUGGAGAAGUUGGAGACAGGCCCCUUCAUUUGGCUUCAGCAAAAGGAUUUCUCAACAUUGCAAAACUUCUGUUAGAGGAGGGCACCAAGGCUGAUGAAAGGAAUCUUGACUUGCAGUCAAAAUUAAUCAUCGCAGUAGAUGUUGCCAAAGGUAUGGAGUACCUUCACAAUCUCACCCAGCCAAUUAUACAUCGUGACUUGAACAGUCACAAUAUCCUCCUGUACGAAGAUGGUCAUGCUGUUGUUGCUGAUUUUGGAGAAUCCAGAUUUCUGCAGUCUCUGGAUGAAGAUAAUAUGACAAAACAACCUGGGAACCUGCGCUGGAUGGCCCCUGAAGUAUUCACACAGUGUACUCGUUACACUAUAAAGGCCGAUGUUUUCAGCUAUGCCUUGUGUCUCUGGGAACUGUUAACAGGGGAAAUUCCAUUUGCUCACCUCAAACCAGCGGCUGCAGCAGCAGACAUGGCCUACCAUCACAUCAGGCCUCCAAUAGGCUACUCAAUUCCCAAGCCCAUCUCAUCAUUGUUAAUGAGGGGCUGGAAUGCAUGUCCUGAGGGAAGGCCUGAAUUUUCUGAAGUGGUCUCCAAAUUAGAAGAGUGCCUGUGCAAUAUUGAGCUGAUGUCACCAGCCUCUAGCAACAGCAGUGGUUCUCUUUCUCCUUCCUCUUCCUCGGAUUGCCUGGUUGCUCGAGGAUGCCCUGGGCGCAGCCAUGUUGCUGCUUUACGAAGCCGUUUUGAGCUGGAAUAUGCCUUGAAUGCAAGAACUUAUGCUGUCUGGUCACAAAGCACUGGACAGCACCCUUCUCAAGGUCUUUCUCUGGAAGAAAUGAGGAGAAAUUUCCAGUACCCGCCUAUUGACCGAAAUGGUUACGUGUCGGAUCCCAUGAGUACGAUGCGAUUUCAUUCCUGCAGCAACAGCGGCAGCUUUGAAGACAGCGCCUGACAGCAGGAACCAUCUACUUGCUGAGAGUUUCUCCACGAAGCAGCAGCAACAAUUCUUCCUGGCGUCAACACAGCUCCCAGUCAUCAUAUGUUACAUCAAAGAGCCCCACGUUGGCUUGCUUAUUUACUGAUAGCUAAUGCUUCCAUCAUAAAUUGUUCUUCAACCAUUCUCUUUCUGUACCAGCAAUUUAUAGGUGGGGGGGGGAAUAAAUCUGUCAAAGUUUGGGGUUGUACCAAGCUUGCCCUUGGGAUAUACUGCAUGCAUGCCAGGGAACAUAAUCAGAGACUGGAAUAUUUUUUAUUCAUUACCCAUGAGUUGGGAAAGAAAGGUAAUUGUUACACUGUGGGAGGUCCCAAUUUGGGGGCUUCCCAUGGUGUGACAAUUACCCUGCCUUUCCCACCUCAAGCUUAAUGGAGAAAAUAGAUUGCUCAGCAUCAUUCUCCGAUAAAGAAAACAAUGCCCGACCUGAAGAAUUUGGAGCAAAUGAUUCAGCAGAGGAAACACAGC